AUGGCGAUGAUUACAGGCUGCACUCGGCGCCUUACGGCGAAGGUGAAGUCCGUGAAGGCACUUCCCUCCGGCCUUUGUGCAUCCCGCUGCCUGUCGCCGUUGGGCCCUAUGAUGCUGCAGCAGCGACAGCUGCACCAGAGCACGCCUCGUUUCAAUACUGCAGUCAACCCAGGCUGGCCA